CCCCAGCCACCUGCUCGGGCCCGGAGGCGAGGACACCAUGCGCGCCCCGCUGGCGCUCUCGGCGCUGCUGCUUGUGCUGCGAUCGCCGCUCCCGUCGCUCUCCCAAGAUCCUAUAACAGCCCGGCCCGGCAGUACAAUCGCCUCAACACAGGCUUCUGCAAAAUCUGUGACGUCUGCAUCCACAAGCCAGUCAGACUCCUCUUCAGUUCCCACUACCUCCAAAGCACCUUCCAUAAGUUUAACAAAUAACGUGGCAACCAGCUCUGCAGGUCCCAAAGACUCAGCUCAACAAAGCACCUCUGGGACUCUGUCCACCAACGCACGUGCUCCAACUACCGUGAGCCCACAGGCAGGGAGCGCCGCCCACCCCACCACCACCACCGCCACCACCGCCGCCACCACUGCCACCACCACCGCGACCACCGCCACCUCCCCCAGGCCUGAGAGCACAAGCAACAAGAAUGACAACGCAGCCACCACACAGUCCGUGUCCUCUUCAGAAAGCCAAGUAAAAGCUUCUGGAUCUCAAAGUCUACCCUUGGAGACCACAGCAUCCCCUUCUGCUCCUUCAUUGCCCAGUGCAGGAAGCUCAACCACCCACCGUGUCAGCCGCCUGCCCACUGGUCCUACUGCCAUGCCCUCAGGGACCUCUCCUCAGGGACAGGACGGCCCUGCCAUACCGUCCGGUAGUUCAGGCUCUGCGCCUGAUUCUAGUCUCACACACACAACCCAGAGGACGCUCACCACUCAAACACCCACGAACGUGCCAGCCGGGACUCAGCAGACCACCAGCAUGCGGCCGGGCAGCCAGGUGCCGGACAGGCCCGUGCCGGGCAGCCUGAUGCCUCCCAGCCCUUCAAACGCUUCUGCUGCGACACCACAGCCCACGGACUCUGCAGCAGAACCUGUGACUACGCCCGGGGCGCAGGGAUCCACAAGCCUCAGCACUGUUUUGGCUUCUUCAAGCCCCAGCAUACCCGAUAAAAGCUGGAGCUUUGGGAAUAAGACGGUACGUUGCGAGUCUCUCAAGGAGCCGAUCGGCGAGCUGCUCGUCUUGAACUUGACAAGCAAGGGGACCAGCUCGGAAGCCCACCUGGGGAGCAACCACUGCAAUACGGGGCUCCUGAACGAGAAGCUGGUCACAGUGCUGUGCCGAGCAGUCAAAGACAACUUCAACCCUGGUCAAGAUAAUUGCACUGUGAAGCUAGGACCUGUUCCCAAUAGCCAUGCGGUGGCCGUCAAACACAUCAGCAUUCACACAAACCUUCUUCCCACGGAUGUGUAUAAAUCCCUGAAGGACCAAUGGGAUGAACUACAAGAGCUGGGAGUGAGUGACAUGAGGCUGGGCAACAAUGGGCCACCAGAACCUACCGAGGACCGCUACAGCAUGCCCCUCAUCAUCACCAUUGUCUGCAUGGCAUCCUUCUUGCUUCUUGUUGCAGCUCUCUACGGCUGCUGCCACCAGCGCUUCUCUCAGAGGAAGGAUCAGACCUCCCAUCUUGACAGUUCCACCCAGAUCCCUGGUUCUCAACCCUGGCUGCACACUAGCAGGAGCUGUAAGAACAUUUCCAUGCCUAGCUUCCUCGCACGCCAACGGGAACCCGAUCUCUGGAUCAGUCAACGACUUACUGAGGAGCUGCAGACAGUGGAAAAUGGUUACCAUGACAACCCAACCCUGGAAGUGAUGGAGACCUCUUCCGAGAUGCAGGAGAAGAAGGUGGUCAGCCUUAAUGGGGAGCUUGGGGACAGCUGGAUCGUCCCUCUGGACAACCUGUGUAAGGAUGACCUUGAUGAGGAGGAAGACACACACCUCUAAUCCAGUCUGUCCGCCACCUCCAUCAGCGCCACAAAGCUGCAGACUGACCACCUGAAGUGCCAUUUGGGCUGGGGAAGAAAAUGCCUCCCCAUUCAAGGAGGGAAAGACUGGGGAGGGAGUGGACUCCAAGGGUUACCUUCUCUCAACUCCCCCAGGGCCUUAAUUUUUUUCCCUUUUCGAGAUGAACAAAUCACAUUCUGUUUAGAUACUUCUUGUGAAAUAACCCACUAGUGCCUGAGCUCAGAGCUGCUGGUGAGCAGAAGGAUGAGCAGAAGGGAGAUAAAGAGCCAUGGAAGGGACUUUAGAGAUCUUUUAGUAAAACUUUCAUUUUGCAGGUGAGAUGACUGAGGCCUCAUUGGCUGCACAAGGUCCCAUUGCCACUUGGUGCCAGAUUCCUCCCUUCAGCCCAUUGCUCGUUUGGACCAUGCCACACUGCUGUGUCCACUUGUACCCUCUCCUCAGAGCUUCCCUGGCUGGGCAGGGAUGACACUACAGGGUAGGGCGGGCUAGAAAGGAAAGCAGACUUGUACCCUUCUCUCGGGGGAUCUGACUGCGCAAAAGGACAAGUCCCAAGCUCCCAUCUCCUACCCCAAUCCUGUCUGCCAGAAUGCCCCUCCCCUUUCCUUUCCAAAGCUUUCAGUCAGUUUUCAGUACCACUCUGACCCAGUGCCCCUGGGAAUAACACAGGUCAUUCAUGAUCUGGAACCCCUUGUUCUGGAUUCUGAUCUUCUUGCUUGAUGAGCUCAGGACCUCCUCUUCCCCCAGAGUGAAUGAGAUCUACAGAAGGGAUUGGUAGGUGGGUUGGGAGAGAAGGGGAGCGUCUCGUCCCAGGAUGGCCUCCCCAUGGCAGCUGAUUUGGGCUCAGUACUCACACUGGCCCUUCCCCCAAAGCCUCUCAUUGAAGAUGCCCCCCAAGAUCUUUGACCUUCUGCUCCCACCAGGGACAGAAAUCUGCAGUUGCAACAGAAAUGUAUCUCCUGUUCACUGCUAGCUGAUGGGAGGGGCCCCUGAAGCCCCGGUGUCACAGGACAGUCAUGCCCCACGGCCCCUGAUUGGCAGAGAUGUGUUUCAGUAGACAAUCAGAUGAAACUGCUGGAAGACAGGUGUUACUCUCUGUUUCAUAGGAAACUCAGGGACUUUGCAAGUUGCUGAGUUUUGUUGUACCUGUUUGGGUUUGUUGUUUUCUAAUCUAGUCCUCCACUGCCAAAGGUCAAAGCUCAAACUACUGAAGGCUUUCAAUCAGUCUCACUGAUUCUGAUUCUCCUGUGCCACUGAGAAUAGCCAAGAACAUGAGUGAAUUUUAAAGUCCCUAGUUUCCUACUGUCCUGUGUGGAGCUGGGCCAUGUUGGUUCUUCUCUGUAUCCCUGGUGGGACCUUACCAGUUCUCCUGUUUAUGGUGGCAUCUCAGGGAAACACAAAGCCAUGUCUAUUCCCCAAUAUGGUUUUUAUAGGCUCAGAAGUUAGUUACCUAUAGAAGGUUCCUGAGGGCAUAUUGAAGGUUCAUAUGAAGGUUCAAAUCCUUCAGAAUUCUAAGACGAGGGGAUCAUGCAUGCAAGUUUGAACUGUUAGCCAUGGUCUGUACUGUUCCUGGGCAUAAAUUCCUGGAAGCAACUGUCUGCUUUGGUGCAACUUAUUUAACAAAAGAAAAGGUAGUGGGAGCUGGGGGAAGGCCUUUGGCCCUCCCUGGCUGCCUGAUUCUGUCUUUAUAGUCUGCAGCUUUUUGAUACCAUAGGGGAAAAGGACAGUCAAAAUCAAGGAGUGCCCCAGCGAGUUCUCAAGAUUUAGAUGCUCAGUAGACAAACAUCUGCCCUGUUUCUCCAGCAUUUGGGGUUGGAGCAGGAUAGAGAACAGUGGCAGGCUAAGGGGAAAUACAGCAAAUAUUUUUAUUCUGGAAAGAGGUCUGCUUGCUUUUCUGCCCACCACUGGGUUGUCUACCCAAUGGGUUUGUCAUGGUAUCUCUAUAAAAGGCUAGGGUAUUGCUCCUGUGCAGAUUCUGGGUCACAUUGACCGACUAGGGCAUUUGACAGUGAUUGCAAAUAUUGCUUCUGCAAAAUGAUCAGACACUGCAACCCCAGGGGCCCUCUGAUAGAGAUGCUGACUGCAGGCACCAGAGAGGAGAAAUGAUAGGAGGAAUCACCACGGUUCUGUCCAGGAGAAGCUGGGGAGGCUUUGAGCUGAUCCAGCAGUUCCUUCUUUCUCUGCAUCCAAGUUGUGCUGCCUUUAGUGCAGCUUCAAAAUAUGAUACAGGGCCUUGGCUUGCUGUUGCUGUGGGAACAUCUGUGUCAAUCGGCCACACUGGCAGCACCUGUAAAUCAUCUUUUCCCGUGUCUUUACUGGGUUCUCUACGCUAUAUGAUAAUUCUGAUCGUGGGGCCAAGAAGAGUGAAGAGUACCAGGGGCUCAGCUCGGCAAGACUUUAAACUAGUUGUAUCAAAGAGAAGCUAGAAGCUCUUUGUUUUAGUGGCAAACUAUGGUUUCCCCAAGCUGUAGAAACUGUGAACCUGAUGAUCCCAAAGCUACAAAAACCAUGGGUCUGAUGACUUUGAUUGGAUGAAACCCAGUUUGAGCUGUCACGUGAGUGGGGAAAGAAGCCAUUGUGCUUACGGAAGUACAGAGCACGCAUCUUAAAGCAACAAGGGUUAAUCUAGACACACCAGAUUUACCCUUUCUUGAUGAGGAAAAUGAGCAGGUUUAUUUAAACUACUUCUUGAGAUUUAUCUUUUUUAUUGUUUCUUUGACAAUAGACUGGAGAAACUUUGAAGAACAAAUUCAAACUGAUAUAUAUGUUUUGACAAUGUAAAUACAACAGCCACAUGUUAAUCUAUUGUGCACCGCUUUAAGUGAAUAUACUUUGAAAAAACAUUUAUUAGUUAAGAAAGUUGUUUUUUCCCCGCUGCAUAAGAAUGUAAAUGUCUGUCUUACUAGAAAGUUUUUGAUUUUGUUUUAAAAAAUGGAAUACAAGAAGACAGGCUGAUGACAAAGUGUUUGUCUUGCACAUUAAGCAUUUUUAUUUUCAAGUUAUCCUUGCUUCUCCCCAGCCAGGUUCCAGUCCCAUACCGGGGAAGGCCAGGCUUGGUGAGCACUGGCUGGAAAGUGAGACCGAUGUAGAGAUCUGGUCUAAUCUUUUUCUACAGGAAAAGAACUUGAAGCCCACAAAGGUAAAGUGAUUUGGCUAAAAUGACAUGGUCAGUGACAAACAGGAUUAAAGCCUGGGCCCACCAACUGUCCCAUACUGUGGGCCCCGAGAGGAUCCAAGAACCCUGUCACCACAGGCACCAGGAUAACACAGAAGAGGCCAUUCUUUCCCAAGAGUUACACCAGCCAGGCCAGGGAGGACUACAAGACAGAAGCAGGGAUCCCCUUGGUCUUUUACACUUCCACUAUGUCAUUUAGGUCUAAGAUGUAAAUUAGUAUGUCUUUUCUACCAGGAAAUAGUUUUGAACAAGCUUUUGCUUCUGGAACUUCUAGCAGAAUAAGGAUCAAAGGGAACAAGAUAGGAGAAGGCAGAGGUCAAGAAUAAACCUAGCCUACCUGUUUUCAUUGUUACUAGCAGAUUCCUUCAGGUCUGCUGAAUAGUUAGCACCAGGUGAAAGGAAAGGAUUACUAUUUAAUGGUCCUGGUGGUGGGGUGUUAGUGAAUGAUACAGUUUGCCCAGGAGACUGGGGGAAGCAUGUGUCUUAGUGGACAGGAGUCUGAAGUACACUGGAACUUAUUGAGAAACUUGUAAAGACUAUAAUUAUUGCAUUUUCUUACAAAAAUAUAUUUUGGAAAAUUGUAUACUAUCAAUUAAAAUGCUAUUGUGUAAACUGG